AUGCGAGUGGACAUGAUUAACAAAAGGCGUGCAGCUGGGGAAAAUCCAUUCCCUCACAAGUUUAAUGUUUCUAUUUCGAUUGCUGCGUUCAUAGAAAAAUAUGAGCGGCUCCAGAAGGAAGAAGUUCUGGAUAAGGAACCUGUGAGCAUAGCUGGUCGUAUUUACUCGAAACGUGAGUCAGGAAAAAACUUGGUGUUUUACGACGUACACAGUGGAGGUACUCGUUUGCAGGUGAUGGCAAAUGCACGAUAUCACAAGGCAGGUGCUGAAGACUUCGCACUGGUUCAUGAUAGGAUCAAGCGUGGCGACAUAGUUGGGUUCAUUGGCUUCCCGACCAGGACGAAGACGGGAGAACUUUCCGUUCUUCCGACGGAAGUCGAGCAACUGACGCCUUGCCUCAGAAUGUUGCCUCAUUCGCAUUAUGGUUUGAAGGAUAAAGAACUGAGAUAUCGAAUGCGUUAUUUGGACUUGAUCGUCAAUCCGGAAGUGAAGGACAAGUUUGUCGUACGCAGUAAGCUGGUCACGUUUUUGCGUAGAUAUUUGGACAACCUAGGCUUUCUUGAGGUUGAAACGCCAAUAAUGAAUCAAAUAGCCGGUGGUGCCACUGCUAAGCCAUUCGUGACGCAUCACAACGAACUGGACAUGGACCUGUUCCUGAGAGUUGCUCCUGAACUGUAUCACAAGAUGCUCAUUGUCGGCGGUAUAGAUCGUGUGUACGAAAUUGGUCGAUUGUUCCGAAAUGAAGGAAUUGACAUGACGCAUAAUCCAGAAUUCACCACAUGCGAAUUCUACAUGGCUUACGCAGACUACGAGGAUGUGAUCCGCUUGACAGAAGACUUGCUCAGCAAAAUGGUUAUGUUCAUUCAUGGGAAAUAUAAAAUCCUGUACCAUCCCAAUGGGCCCGGAACUGAACCGGAAUUGGAGAUUGAUUUCACCCCACCGUUCAAACGCGUCAAUAUGUACGAGGGGUUGGAAAAAGCUCUGGGCAUCAAGCUGCCACCUCCAGAUACGCUGAAAACUGAAGAGUCUCGCCAGAUAUUCGAUCGGCUAUGUCAAGAGAGGGGCGUGGAGUGCACUCCACCUCGCACGACUGCUCGUCUUCUGGACAAGUUGGUGGGAGAGUAUUUGGAAAGCACAUUCAUUUCCCCAACGUUCCUCAUUGGCCAUCCACAGAUUAUGAGUCCUUUGGCGAAAUGGCAUAGAUCAAUCCCUGGUCUUACCGAGAGAUUUGAGUUGUUUGCUGCCAUGAGGGAGGUCGCAAACGCUUACACCGAGUUGAACGAUCCCAUCACUCAGCGAUUAACUUUCGAGCAGCAGGCUGCGGACAAAAGUGCUGGAGAUGAUGAAGCUCAAAUGAUUGACGAGAACUUCUGCACCGCUCUUGAAUACGGCCUUCCACCGACCGGUGGUUGGGGAAUGGGAAUCGAUCGUUUGGCUAUGCUUCUUACGGAUAGCAACAACAUCAAGGACGUACUCUUCUUCCCUGCCAUGCGGCCAGACGAACAGAGUCAGAGCCUCACGGGAAAUGUCGAAAAUUCUCAAACAUGUUAA